AAGAGGAGGGGAAGAAGAGCUGACACUGCGAUCACUGACUUUAUCAAAUCUGAGCUUAUCUGAAGCUGUGAAAUCACACGGUUGCCAGGGGAAGAUGGAGGGUUGGGGUGAGUUCGGGAGAACAGAGGUGAUAGACAACACGCUAAACCCGGACUUUGUCAGGAAGUACAUCCUGGACUACUUCUUUGAGGAGAAGCAGAACCUGCGCUUUGACGUGUAUGAUAUCGAUUCUAAAAGUCCAGAUCUGGCAAAGCAUGCAACCGACCUUAACGACUUCCUGGGACAGGUCUACUGUACACUGGGAGAGAUUGUGGGCUCACCGGCCAGUCGCCUGGAGAAACCUCUAGGUGGCAUACCUGGGAAGAAAUGUGGGACCAUCAUCUUGUCCGCUGAGGAGCUGGGAAACUGCAGAGAUUACGCCACCAUGCAAUUCUGUGCCAACAAACUGGAUAAAAAGGACUUCUUUGGAAAGUCAGACCCCUUCAUGGUCUUCUACAGAAGCAACGAGGAUGGCACGUUCACCAUCUGCCACAAGACUGAAGUGGUGAAGAACACGCUGAAC